UCAACGUGACUGUCAUCAGCAGCCGAUCCCGUAGAGCCCGUCCUGCCAGCAGCCUACUGUAGACAACAAUGUACAGUGAACGGAGUUCAGCGCCGUCCCUAUGCUAACCACACAAACAAGACCGAUAUACAAUUGCCCCAUCGAGAUCUUGGGUCACGCAUAUAGGGAUUGUAUUCGUCUAUAUUUAGUCAAGGCAGGGGAUAGCAAGUUGCUAACAAAUUAGCGUAUUUUUCCAGGUAGCGCUGGGCUUUUUCAGGUAACACUCGGGAAGGGUCGCUGACAAAGGCAAGGGAAGGUGGCUUGAAAGCUAAGGAUGAAUCGCUUCCGAAAGUGGCUGUACAAGCCCAAGCGGACGGACCCUCAGCUCUUAGCUCAGUUCUUCUACGCUGAUGAGGAGCUGAAUCAGGUUGCCAUGGAGCUGGACGGCCUGGAUGGCAGGAAGGACCCGCAGAGAUGCACCCUAUUGGUCAACCAGUUCCGCUCCUGUCAGGAUAACGUGUUGAACAUCAUUAACCAGAUCAUGGAGGAGUGUAUCCCCGACGACCGUGCCAACCGAGACUUCUGUGUCAAAUUCCCCGAAGAGAUUCGCCAUGACAACCUGGCAGGGCAGCUGUGGUUCGGAGCCGAGUGUCUAGCGGCGGGCUCCAUCAUCAUGAACCGUGAGAUUGAGAGCAUGGCGAUGCGUCCGCUGGCCAAGGACCUGACCCGGUGCCUCGAGGAGGUGCGCAAUCUGACCCGGGAUCAGGCGCUGCGCGACCUCAACGCCUACACGGAGCGCAUCAGGGACGCCCUCACACACUUCGACAGCCUGUUCGCCGAGUUUGAGCUGUGUUAUGUAUCAGCCAUGGUUCCAGUGAAGUCCCCUAAAGAGUACUACACUCAGCAGGAGGUCAUCGUACUCUUCUGUGAGACCGUAGAGAGAGCGCUGAAGCUAGGCUACCUCACACAGGACAUGAUCGAUGACUACGAACCUGCCCUCAUGUUUACCAUCCCAAGACUGGCCAUCGUCUGUGGUCUGGUGGUGUAUUCUGACGGCCCUCUAAAUCUGGAGAGGAAGGCAGAGGACAUGUCUGAGCUCUUCAGACCCUUCCGUACUUUACUCAAGAAGAUCAGGGACCUGCUCCAGACUCUGACACAGGAUGAGCUACACACACUGGAGAGGAGUCUGUGUAUCUCCUCAGAGGGGGAGUGUCCCUCGUCUACCCCCCCGCCCCCCCGCAGCCCAGACGCACAAGCACCGCAGGCCGGCCACGCCUCCGCCGAGGGGAGCAGCCAAUGGGAGGAGGCGGGCGUGGCCCUGUUGGGGCAGCGUGAGGAGGAGGAGGAGGAGGAGGCGGAGCCGACACUCUGUGAGGAAGACGAGGCGGAGCUUGCGUGUUCCAUGCAGUACGACGAGGAAGAGUUUGAGCAGCUCAGCAUGUUGGUGCAUCGCCUAGGCAACCAUAUGACCUCACUGCUGUCCCCGCCCAGCCAGGGCCACAGCCCCGCCCACUCCAGCACACAGCCGUCGAGCGCAGGCUCCAGCACACACCCCUCCCCCUCCUGUGGCCCCUCCCCCCUGCAGGAGCACGAGCGAGUCUUCUUCAUGGACGACCUGGAGGGGGGAGGGGCCACAGGCACCAUCACCAAUGAGGAUGAGCUCCGGGUGGGCCCCGCCCCUCGCCCCUCCCCCAACCACACACCUGGCCCGCCCACACUCUGCAAUGGUUGGUCGAGGCCCCGCCCCACUGAAGAGGGCUUCACACCGUCGUCCAAUGGCUGGGGGGGGCGUGGUGUGGGGGCGGAGCCUGCCGAGGUCAUCGCUCACAGAACUGGUGGCAUGAAGCUGUCUGCUACUGUCAUCUUUAACCCCGUCAACCAAUCAGAACGCACGCUGGUGCUGCCCCGCCCCUCAGAGGCGGAGUCCUGCGGAGGGAGCGUGGGCCUGCUGCACUCCUGUGUGUGUUGUGCUGGUUGCCAGGACGUCCAUGACAGUAUCAGCCUGGAGACUGCUGCCAUGGCAACCUUGGGUCUGUCUCUAGGGCUGGAUAAACGGCGCUCAGGCGGGAAGGGAGACAUCAAGCUGACUCCGCCUUCGCCACGGUGCUCCGCAGAACACACACCUCACACACCUCACACACACACAGGUGGAGAACACACACCACACACUCCUCACACACUCACGAGUGGAGAAACACCUCACACACACAGGGGUGAGGAACACACACCUCACACACACACGGGUGAGGAACACACACUUCCUGCUCAGGCGGUGGGAGAGCUGAGCCCGACGGUGGCUCCAGGAUCGGAGCAGGAGUCGGCCGUCACCUCCUGCAGGAGCGGGGAGAUCACGCCGCAGGAGACGCUCAGGGAGAUCAAGAGGAGUAGCAGGACUCAGGACUCCCCGCUCAGCUCCGUGUCCAGCAGUGACUGUGACAGUGUGUCUGUCACCACAUGUAGCCUUUCCAGUACAUACACUCCCAGCCCCAUCAGCAGUCUGACCAGCAGCUCUGAGGGGCUGGACCAUCAGGAGAUGCAGCUGGCUCUUCAGGCCGCCAAGACUGCCGCCCGCAAUAAGAUCCGCGCUCGUUUCCAUAGCAGCAGCGACCUCAUCCACCGCCUCUUCGUCUGCAUAUCAGGUGUGGCUGAUCAGCUCCAGACAAACUAUGCUAGCGAUCUGCGGAGCAUCCUCAAGACACUCUUUGAAGUCAUGGCAACCAAAUCUGACCAGGGGGAUAAUGACCAGCAGAAAAAAGGUCCGGUUCGUAGCGGCGUGCUGGAAGACUGUUCCCUCUGUCAGGAGAGCCUCUCUCUCUCCGCCUCUGAGGUCGCUGCCAAGGUCCAUGACGGACAGGUCGAAGAUCCUCCGGAGUGGGUUCCAGAUGACGUGUGCAGUUUGUGUGUGUCGUGUCAGGCUCCUUUCACAGUCAUCCGCAGGAAACACCACUGCAGGAGCUGUGGAAAGAUUUUCUGCUCCCGGUGUUCCUCCCAUUCUGCCCCGUUGCCGAGAUACGGCCAGAUGAAGCCGGUCAGAGUCUGUACACACUGUUACAUGUUCCACGUCACGCCCUUCUACAGCGACAGGGCCGGCAUCUGACACACACACACACACACACACACACACACACACACACACACACACACACACA